GAAANAGUUGCGGAGGAGCUCAUCGGCGAGCCAACGCCCGAUCAUCGCCGCAUAUCCAAUAUUCUCUUCAUAAUCGGCCAUGUUGUGUUUUUUCUGGCUAAUCCUCAAAUGUUGAAUUUGGGUGUGAAAGCUAUGCAAACGGAGGCAUCACCUCUGGUGGACAAAUUUCAGCUCGCCGAGGAACCUGAUUCUGGGUUUCCUAAGGGGGUUCCAUGGGUGAGAUACUCUGGUAAAUAUAAAGAUCUGAACAUCAACGUUGUUUGUCCUGGGAAAGACAAGUCAUUGGGGGUUGAUUCUGUCGGCACAGUUUCAGCAUCUCUUCUCACAUAUGCUUCUAUUCAAGCUUUACAUCCAGACCUCAUCAUAAAUGCAGGAACUUGUGGAGGAUUCAAGGAAAAAGGUGCCUCAAUAGGUGAUGUAUUCCUUACAUCAAACGUUGCUUUCCACGAUAGAAGAAUUCCGAUCCCUGUGUUUGACUUGUAUGGGGUUGGCUCACGCCAAGCAUUUUCCACGCCUAAUCUUGCAAAGGAACUGAACUUGAAGGUUGGCAAAUUAUCUACUGGUGAUUCUUUAGAUAUGUCCCCUCAUGAUGAAGCAGCAAUCAUUGCAAAUGACGCAACAACUAAAGACAUGGAGGGAGCUGCCGUUGCUUAUGUGGCGGAUCUAUUGAAAGUGCCCACAAUAUUUUUAAAAGCCGUGACUGAUAUUAUCGAUGGUGACAAGCCAACAGCCGAGGAAUUUCUGCAGAAUCUGGCAGCAGUCACUGCUGCUCUUGAACGGACAGCAACCCAAGUUGUUGAUUUUAUAAACGGAAAAAGUUACUCGGAGCUUUGAAUUAAGUGAGCAAAUGAGGAAGAAGGUAAACGUGAAUUAUUGAAAAUUUACUGGUGUAACAAUUCAUCUUUAAAAUGUUUUUCCACGAUGCAUGAGUUUAUAGUAAGUAUUUUAGUCAUGGCUGUGGAGGAUUUGUAUUGAACUAUUGAUGAUGGCAGUGUAUUGUUUGCACAUCGAUUUUUUCUUGAUCCAUGUUUGCCAAUUACCUCCCUUUUACUCGUUUAUAGUGAUGUGUGGUAAGUGAACCAAGAAAGCUACAAUUUGGGACAAUUAGAUUUUCAAUGUCGUCUUUUUCGCGAAUCCAUUUCAUAAAUAUUGGUGAUGGUGCAGCCACAUGAAGGUGUUGUGUAUUAAUAUUGAUUGUUCUGUCAUUCCGAAAUAUGAUUAUCUUGUUUGAUCUGAUUAACUAAAGGUUUUGUCAUAGCUGAUUUUUGUGAAUUUCUUGUGAUGUAAAUGAAUAUGUUGAAAUCGACUAAUUUAGGCUUUCG